AUGUCAGCUCACGUCCACGAACUUCCCCACCUAAUCGAGCUACACUUCUAUCGACUUGACGAGAAAAAAGAUCACGAUGAGCGACUAGCGCUUGUUGCCUAUGACAGAGAGGCAGGCAUCAGGCUCAAAGAUGGAACAGUCAAUUGUCCAGCUAUGUGGUUCGACCAAAAUGGCAGAGCCCAUAAUAGAAGUGGUAUUCUCUUCGGAACUGCAAAGUCGCAUGGACUUAUCGGGAUGAUCCAUAUGCCUCCUCGUCAGGCUAUUGAUAUGAUUUAUCAACAUGCUGCUUUGUGGAGCGUGUACACGAUUCUCGGCUUUGAGCUCAGUAAAGUAGAAUCUAUCGAAAUCCCCGAUGAUUACAAAACAAGUACCAAAGACUCCGCUUUCGUUACCUUUGUGAACUGGCUCCGUCUCUGGCUUUCUAAGGGAUUCUAUAUUGAUUCCCCCGAUGACUGGGCUUAUGCACGUCUGAACCAGGUUUCUCGCAAUCGUAAACGUCACAUAGUCCGAACUCGAGAUGAUGAUGAACGUGGAAAAGCUGAUGCUGAGAAAUUUACAAAAGCGAUAUAUACAGGAUUUCAUAAAGUGGUUGAGCAUAAGCCUGAAGAUCUUUUCAGUGUGAAGGAUCCCGGAGUGAUGGGGCAAGGAGCUUGGGAUGGAACGGAAGCUGAGGCGGAAAGAUUGAUUAGCAGAGUGAAGAGGUUGGUUAAUAAGAGGUUGGGGGUGGAGGACGAGGAUGAAUAUGAUGAUUUGUAG